AUGCUCUAUAAAAUAAUAGGAGCAGCUACUAUAAGUGUUUCUUCUAUAUGUGUACUGGCUCAACUACUGCUACUUCCAUGGCUAUAUCGUUAUACUGUUAAUUUGAGGAAUGAUUUUGAAAGUCGGUUGAGGAAGUUUCAUCACAACACUCGCCAAUUUGACGAACAAUUUCAACGUUUGAGACGAUUAACUGGAAAUUCUUUAACCGAUUUCCAACAUGAACGUUCCAAACGACAGCUACAAGAAUGCCCACCACCAAGAGUUGGGCCACCUGGGUUACCUGGGGGGUUUGGGGAAGAUGGGGAGGCUGGGACUGCAGGGGAGGAUGGAACGGCUGGAUUGGAUGCCAUAACCCUUUUGUUACAAGAAGCACAGAAAUGUGUCAUUUGCCCUCAGGGCCCCGUUGGACCGAUGGGUGCGCCUGGACAGCAAGGACUGCCUGGACUAAAAGGGGAGAAGGGAGAGACUGGGGAGAUAGGCACUGACGGAAUUGACGGUGAACAAGGACCUGAGGGAAUGCCUGGACUGCCUGGAAUAGCUGGAAAGCCUGGAAAGAGAGGGCAGCCUGGAGCGCCCGCGCCAGGGGGUACAGGGCCGCCAGGUCCGCCUGGAGUUAAAGGUCCACCCGGUACAACCGGAAAACAAGGAGAAACAGGCCGGCGCAAUUUUGUAGUUGGGAUGCCUGGAAUGGACGGAAGGCAUGGCAAACAGGGGUUGGAUGGACUAGAAGGGAAGCCUGGGAUUCGUGGGGAGAAGGGUCCUCCGGGAGAGGAUGGCGCCGAUGCUCGUUUUUGUCCAUGUCCUUCAGAGUUAAACAAACUUGGGAGCGGAGGGGUAAUUCUGAACAAUUUUUGAAAAAUUCUGAAAAAAAUUUGUUUAAAAAUAAAAGAUCCGGUCACAAUUGUCAUUAAAUAAUCCUUCCCCUCCACCAAAAAUUUCAACUUCAACAACAACAAUAACAGCUUCCUUCAAUAAAGAUUCAGAAUUACCCCAUAAUGGGGUUAUUGAGAAGGAAGAAGUAACAAAAAAGGAAGGUAAAGAAUUAAAAAAA